AUGGGAAAACCCCUGAGCCGGCCCGACUGCUUGAGGCAGAACCCACGCUGCCUGGGGAAAGGGGACGAGGAGGAGGCUUAUAUCGAGGACUGCUAUGUUCCCCAAAGAUCCAUUUAUGACACAAUGCGGAUUAAUGAACAAAUCGACCAAGGGACCAAACUUUGUCAACAAUCCCGGAGCACUUUGGGGUCUGGGGGCGAACCGCGGGGAGAGGGGAGUACAAUAUCCAGUAAUGGGACAAUUGGAGUAGACAUUGGGAGUGUUUUUGUAUCGAGAAGCACAGAGCAUCCAGGUGGUGUUAAGAGACUUGAUGAGAGGGUGAUAUUUGAUGCCUUAAAACUGACUGGGGACCCACAAAUAAUGUCGCCUCCUGUUGGGAUAAUCGGACCAGGUUUGCCCAUCACUCCCUCAUCCAGCUCAGGUGUCGUGGCAGCUGUUGCUAAAAGGCGUCUCCAGGGAAGCGACAAAAAGGAUAACCCAAAUCGCAGGUCAUGGAAAGCCUUCAUGCCCCCAAGUUACCCCGAAUUCGCAGAGAGGUUUGAGUUUUCGGCCGACGCAGAGAGGAGACAGUCGGGACCUGGGAUUCCUUUAUCGCCCAUCCAAAACGUCUCCUCUCACCCCGUCCCGUCAACGCCAACCUCGUCAACGCCGUCUAUCCCUCCACACACACCUUCCCCGCUGUCAUCUGCCCCCCGCACUCCUCCUGUCUACUCUCCUUCCGUCUACUCUCCUUCCGUCAGCCCUGUGCCUCCUUCUUCGCAGCCUGUCAAGCAAAAAACAGUUCAUCCUAUGCUGCAAAAGCAACACAGACACCCCAUUAUUGCACUGCCAUCCUCUCCCAAAGAUUCGCCCAAAAAGAGGGGGGUUUCAGAGACCCCUGCACAGCAAAGCCACGGCGCGUCCAGACCAGCGCAUAGACGGACUACAAGCUCCACUAAACCAGCAAUUAUACAAAUCCCAGAGGAGCCAGCGGAGUCGAUAAAGACAUCCGAUUCAGAACGGGACUCCCCCUUUUUGGAUCAGGACCAAGCUGACAAUGCCCCCCUUAUCCCUCCCAAACCAGUGUUCUGCCCCCCCACCAAGUCACGCACCUGGCCUCGCAGCUUUUCAACAGGGAAGAAAUCUCAAAUUGGGCUCAGACACAACUUCCCCGUCCUGCCGCCUCUGCCACCUCUUAUAAGUGAAGAUGGCAAUACAGAUGAAGAAUUGCUAUAUUUGCUAGACCCACCUUCUCCGUUUUUAAAAGAAGAAGGAUUAGUUUACAGUGGGCUGCCUCUGUCCCCCUGUGUUAGUCACGAAGGCUUAGAUGAGGGCCUUUUGGGAUGGGACACCAAUCAACUCAGGGAGCGCACAGCCUCUGAACUUAAAUUUGAAGAGGAUGAGCGAAGGAUACUUGCAGAGCUUGAAGAAGACGACGAUGAAGAAGAUAAACUAGACGAAGCCUGUGGUAUGCUGACAGAAGAGGAGGAACUAGCCCAAAGAGAGGAGAGGGAGUGGGAGGCAAUGCUCAAACUUGAAAAUAAGGAAAUUAUAGAUCAGUGUUGGGACAAAGAGACGCUGGAAUCAGAUGAAUGGGAUUUGGCUAGCUCCUCGGGACAUUGGCCGCUGUUGACCCCUCCGACCGAAUUUGGUGGCCCCGAGGCAAGGUCGACCUCUCCUUGCCCCAGCUCCGAGGCAGAAUCUGAUGACCUUUUCCUCCAAUUAGAACGGCAAUGUGAAUAUGAUGACCCUUAUGAAGAAGGGGUUGAAAUGUGUGUAGACCCCGAACCCAUUGAUCCCUACAAGGAUCCAUGUUUAGAAGAUGAAAACACUGUGGAUUUUGAAGGAACUCUACCCAUAGAUGAAGUAGAAUUAGAAGUUGAAAUGAUUACAAAUAACAUGAUGCCAAAUGAGCCCACGGACGAGAUCAUAGAAGAUUUCGACCUGAAGCGAACCCAAGACUGUGAAAAUGAGCAUAGCAUAAUUGACGACAGUGAAAAUGAAUUUGAAAAGGGUCCGAUGGAAGACGAGGAGGCGCCAAGUUACCCAACGGAUUCUGCAUUGGGGCAACAGCUGGAGUCAGACUCACAACCAGACGUGACAGAAGUUAUGAAAAUUGACAGUGAAGGAGAUAAACUCGCACAAACAGAAACCGACCUUGAUAGCGGGGCGUCAUCUGAGCACGGCGAUGUAGGCGAUAGGGCGUCCUGUAGCCCUCUCAACCCUUACGAUAUAGAGCAGGAAUUUGAGCAGGAGGAAAUUGUUAAUUGUGACCAUUCUGAGCCAAAUUUGGACGGUGAGGAAGCCUUUUCUACGGCUCAGUCCAAUGAGGUUGAUGAGGAGGAAGUUGAGACACAAACUUUAGUCGGUGCUGCCUUGAACUCCAAAGACUCCUCUGAAGCUUUCGUAGUUUCGGAUAGUUUCGUUUACCUGGCGGUUUCAGUGCCUCCUCAAUCGCCUCACGACUGUCCUCCCUCCCCUCUGGACGACUCGGUUCCUCCCAGUCCCAUCUCCAAACCUUUGCUCAACACAGAGGAGCAAGAUGGCCCUCUCCUCUCUCCGGACAGCUUUGUCUACAUGGCCGCACCUGAGCGCCCGCAGCCAGGCCAGUCGGACGUUGGAUCCGCUUGCGAAGACGUCCCGGAUCGCGAUUUGGACUCUUUUUCCGAAGGGACGCAUUCUGGAGUGGAUUUUGUGUUGGGUUCCGUGGAAGGGGACAGUGAUUGGGAGUCUGAAGGAUCUACUUUGGAUUUUCCCUUCUUCAACACAGAACCAGUUUGGGACAAUAUCGAACCAGGAUUACUCUACAAUCUGUUUUCUGAGAGCAUUGAAACUCCAGUGCUGACUCCCCAAGAGGAAGAGGAGUCCCAAAAGGAUACCACACCUUGUUUGAAAGAUCCCCUCCCUGAAUCGGGACACAGCUCUGAAGAGGAACAUGAAUCUCCUGAUGCAUUGCUCCGUCCUGAAUCAGACACAGCUGUUGAGGCCGUGGAGCGGGAGCAGGUGGACUGUAUACAGCCGAAGCUACAGCACGUGAACGCGGUGGGACAGGGUCUGAUCCAGAGCGCGGCCAAACACACAGACACCCAGGCCCUGGAGCACGACCUGGAGACCACCAACCUGCGAUGGAACUCACUCAACAAGAGGGUGGCAGAACGCAUCGCCCAGCUGCAGGAGGCGCUGUUGCAUUGUGGGAAGUUUCAGGACGCCCUGGAGCCUCUGCUCAGCUGGCUCAGCGACACAGAGGAGCUGGUGGCCAAUCAGAAGCCUCCGUCUGCCGAGUACCGAGUGGUCAAGGCGCAGAUACAGGAGCAGAAGUUGUUGCAGAGACUCCUGGACGACCGCAGACCCACGGUGGAAAUGAUCCGAGCCGAGGGAGAGCGAAUCGCAGCCACAGCCGACGCUACGGACCGCGACAAGAUCCAGACUCAGCUCCAGAGUCUGGCCCAGAGGUGGAGCAGCCUCCUGGACAAGGCCAGCGGACGGCAGAGGCAGUUGGAGGAGCUGCAAGUUCUGGCUCUGGAGUUUCACGAGUCGCUGGAGCCGUUGGGAGAAUGGCUGAGUGCCACAGAGAGACGCCUGAGCUCCGCAGAGCCCAUGGGAACCCAGACGGCAAAGAUCACUCAGCAGAUCACCAAACACAAGACUCACCAAGACAAGGUUUCCUCUCGUGGAGCCGACGUGGACCACCUCGAGUCCCUGCGCCUCUCUCUGACCCCCCUGAGCUGCACAGCCGACCGCCAUUGGCUGGACGAGCGGGUGGGGGCGGUGCGUUCGGGUCACUCCGAGCUCUCUGAUUGGUGCGCGAGGCGGGCGGCCAUGUUGGAGCAGGCUCUGGCCAACGCGCAGCUGUUUGGGGAGGACGAGGUGGAGGUGAUGAACUGGCUGGCUGAAGUGUCUCAGCGGCUGGGGCAGGUGUCAGUGCAGAGUUACCAUCCGCAGGAGCUGAACCAGCAGCACAAGCACACGCUGGCUCUGAAUGAGGAAAUUGUGAGUCGAAAGAAGACUGUGGACCAGGCCAUCAAAAACGGACAAGCUUUACUCAAACAGACCACAGGUGAGGAGGUCCUUCUGAUCCAGGAGAAGUUGGACGGUAUAAAAUCUCGUUAUGCUGAGAUGACGGCGGGCAGCAGCAAAGCUCUCCGGACUCUGGAGCAGGCGCUACAGUUAGCAACACGAUUCUCCAGCGCUAACGAAGACCUCAACCAGUGGCUGGACUCUGUGGAGACGGAGCUCAAUAACUCCGAGCCGGACGCCACACCGGCCUAUCAGAAGAGGCAGAAGGAGCUGAAGAAGGUGUCGGCGGAGAAGAGGCUGGUCCUGGACACGGUGAACGAGGUGGGCAGUGCUCUCCUGGACCUGGUGCCCUGGAGAGCCAGAGAGGGACUGGACCGACUGGUGUCAGACGCAAACCAGCGCUACAGAACCGCUGACGACACCAUCACACAGAGAGUGCAGCUGGUGCAGGCCGCCAUCCAGAGGUCACAACGGUACGAGGAGGCGGUGGACGCGGAGCUGGCCUGGGUUGGGGACACUGAGAGGAAACUGUCGUCUCUGGGGCCUUUGAGUCUGGAGCCCGAUGUGACGGUGGCUCAGCUCCAGGUGCAGAGAGCCUUCAACAUCGACAUCAUCCGACACAAGGACACCGUGGACCAGCUGCUGGCCACAAGAGACGAGAUCCUGGAGACCUGCAACGACAGCCAGAAGGACGCGCUGCUGGUGAAGACGGACUCGCUCAACCUGCGGUACGAGGCGGUGAACCAGACCCACAGUGAGCGCUUCUCGGCUCUGGAACAGGCCCAGGUCCUGGUGGCUCGUUUCUGGGAGACGUACGAGGAGCUGGAGCCGUGGCUGGGAGAGACCGAGGCCCUGAUCGCGCAGCUGCCUCCACCUGCGAUAGACACUGACGCUCUGAGGCUGCAGCAGGACCAUAUGAGGCUUCUGCGAGAGUCCAUCGCAGAGCAUAAACCUCACAUUGACAAACUGCUGAAGAUCGGGCCUCAGAUGGCCGAGCUCAGUCUGCACGAGGGAGAGACCGUCACGCGUCGCUAUGACGAUGCCGAACGCCGCUACAUCGCCAUCAAAGAAGAGGUGAAGCGGCGAGCGGGGACUCUGGACGAGGCGGUCUCCCAGUCUGCACAGUUCCACGAUAAGAUGGACCCUCUGCUGGAGACGCUGGAGGCCGCGGUGCAGAGACUGCGACAGCCGCCUCCGGUGGCGGCGGAGGUAGAUAAGAUCCGGGAGCAGCUGUCAGACCACCGCGCUCUGGGCCUGGAGCUUGACAAACUCCUGCCCAGUUUCUCUGCUCUGUGCUCCCGCGGAGAGGAGCUCAUCGGACGGGCAGCUCACGACGACCCGGCCGCUCAGGCGGUGCGUUCUCGUCUGCUCCGGCUCCGCUCUCUCUGGGACGAGAUCCGGCAGAGGGCCGAGGAACGCGAGGGGAAGCUGAACGACGUGCUGGACCUGGCCGGGAAGUUCUGGUCGGACGUGGCAGCUCUGCUCAGCACGCUCCGAGACUCUCAGGACAUCGUGAAGGAGCUGGAGGACCCCGGCGUUGACCCCUCCCUCAUCAAACAGCAGAUCGAGGCUGCAGAGGCCAUUAAAGCAGAAACAGACGGACUGAGGGAGGAGCUGGAGUUUGUCAGGACCCUCGGGGCUGACCUCAUCUUUGCCUGUGGAGAAACGGAGAAACCUGAAGUCAAGAAAACCAUUGACGAGAUGAACGCCGCCUGGGAGGGUCUCGACCGAACCUGGAGGGAGAGGAUGGAGCGACUGGAGGAGGCCAUGACUGCUUCUGUUCAGUACCAAGAUGCUCUCCAGUCUAUGUUCGACUAUCUGGACAACGCUGUGAUCAAGCUGUGCGACAUGUCGAUCGUUGGGACCGACCUGGGAACAGUGAAGCAGCAGAUAGAGGAGCUCAAGCAGUACAAAGUGGAGGUCUACCAGCAGCAGAUCGACAUGGAGAAACUCUGCCACCAGGGGGAGCUGUUGCUGAAGAAAGUCUCGGACCAAACGGACAGAGACAUGAUCCAGGAGCCUCUGAUCGAACUGAGGCAUCUGUGGGAGAAUCUAGGGGAUAAGAUCACGCAGAGACAGCACAAACUGGAGGCGGCCCUGCUCGCCCUGGGGCAGUUUCAACACGCGCUGUCGGAGAUCCAGGCCUGGCUCAGUCACACUCACGCCACGUUAGACACUCAGAGACCCGUCAGCUCCGAUCCCAAGGCCAUCGAGAUCGAACUGGCCAAGCACCAUGUGCUGCGUAAUGACGUGCUUUCCCAUCAUGCAACAGUGGACACGGUGAACAAUGCGGCGGCUGAGCUCCUGGAGUCUUCUCCCGGAGACGAGGCCAGUCACCUCCGCGAGCAGCUGGAGCAACUCAACCAGAGCUGGGAGGGUCUGCUGCUCAAGACCCAGGACCGACAGAAGCUGCUGGAGGCCGCGCUGCAACAGGCGGAGGGCUUCCAUGGAGAGCUGGAGGAGUUCCUUCAGUGGCUACGGAGAACUGACAGCCAUCUGUCUGCAGCCAAACCCACCGGAGGCCUCCCUGAGACGGCCCGCGAGCAGCUACAGCAGCACUUGGAGCUUCAGGCUCAGCUCAUGCACAGGGCGGAGCAGUACCACCGCCUCCUGGACCAGGGGGAGUCCAUGCUUUUGGCCCGAGGCGAAGACGCUGGUCCUGGGGCCACGCAGACCCAACAGAACCUGGCCAUGCUGCAGAACAAGUGGACCAGUCUCAACGCCAAGAUGGACGACCGCAAGGCGAAGUUGGAGGAGGCGGUAACGUUGGCCACAGGGUUCCAGACCUCGCUCCAGGACACCAUUAAUUGGCUGACGCAGGCCGAGCAGACGCUGAACAUGGCCCAGCCGCCGAGCCUCAUGCUGGACACCGUACUCUUCCAGAUCGACGAGCACAAGGUGUUUGUGAAUGAGGUGAACACUCACAGGGAGCAGGUGCUGGCCCUGGAGAAGGCCGGCUCUCAGCUCAGGUUCGCGAGUCUCAAACAAGACGUGGUCCUGAUCAAAAACCUGCUGCUGAGUGUCCAGGCAAGAUGGGACAAGCUGGUGCAGAGGUCACUGGACCGCGGACGCCACCUGGACGAGGCCCGCAAGAGAGCCAAGCAGUUCCACGAGGCCUGGAGGAAGCUGACCGACUGGCUGGAGGAGGCUGAGAAGAGACUGGACUCUGAGCUGGAAAUCUCCAACGAACCCGACAAGAUCAAAGUCCAGCUCACCAAACACAAGGAGUUCCAGAAGGCCAUGGGGUCAAAGCAGCCGGUCUACGAUACCACAGUGAGGUCUGGACGAGCCAUGAGGGACAAGGCCCAGCUCCCGGACGACAAGCAGAAACUGGACCAUCUGGUGGGAGAAGUGCGAGACAAGUGGGACACGGUCUGCGGCAAAAGUGUGGAGAGGCAGCACAAGCUGGAGGAGGCGCUGCUGUUCUCUGGUCAGUUUGCGGAGGCGCUUCAGGCUUUAGUGGACUGGCUUUACAGAGUGGAGCCUCAGCUAGCAGAGGACCAGCCGGUGCACGGAGACCUGGACCUGGUCUCCAACCUCAUGGACGCACACAAGGCGUUCCAGAAGGAGCUGGGGAAGAGGACCACAAACAUCCAGGCGCUGAAGCGGUCGGCUCGGGACCUGAUGGACACAGGUCGAGACGACACGGCGUGGGUCAAAGUUCAGCUGCAGGAGCUUAGCAACCGCUGGGACACUGUGUGCGCUCUGUCUGUGACCAAACAGACGCGGCUGCAACAGGCGCUCAAGCAGGCGGAGGAGUUUCGCAGCUCGGUGCAGGUUCUCCUGGAGUGGCUGUCGGAGGCGGAGCAGAGCCUACGUUUCCGUGGCGUCCUGCCGGAGGAGGCGGAGACCCUCCAGGGGCUGCUGCACGCGCACAGAGACUUCCUGGGUUCCGUGGAGGACAAACGCGGCGACGUGAACAAAGCGGCGGGAAUGGGAGAGGCCAUCCUCACCCUCUGCCACCCAGACUCCAUCACCACCAUCAAGCACUGGAUCACCAUCAUCAGGGCGCGCUUCGAAGAGGUUCUGACGUGGGCGAAGCAGCACGAGCAGAGACUGGAGACGGCUCUGACAGAAGUGUUAAACAACGCCAACCUGCUGGAGGAGCUGCUGUCCUGGCUGCAGUUCGCCGAAUCCACCCUGAUCCAGAGAGACACGGACGCCCUCCCUCAGGACAUCCCCCAGCUCAAGACCCUCAUCAGCGAACACCAGACUUUCAUGGAGGAGAUGACGAGGAAGCAGCCGGAUGUGGACAAAGUGACAAAAUCCUACAAGAGAAAACCCUCUGAGACUCUGGCCGAGAGGAGAGGAGCGCGCAAACAUCAGCAGCAGCAGCAGGGGGCAGUGCAGGUCACAUCUGCCAAUCCUCGUCUCAACCAGCUCUGCGCACGAUGGCAACAGGUGUGGCUGCUGGCUCUGGACUGGCAACGCAAGCUCAACGACGCCCUCGACAGGCUGGAGGAGCUCAAAGAGUUCGCCAACUUUGACUUUGACGUCUGGAGGAAGAAGUACAUGCGCUGGAUGAACCACAAGAAGUCCAGAGUGAUGGACUUCUUCAGACGCAUCGACAAAGACCAGGACGGAAAGAUUACCAGGCAGGAGUUCAUCGACGGCAUCCUGGCCUCAAAAUUUCCCACCAGUAAACUGGAGAUGACGGCCGUGGCGGACAUCUUUGAUCGCGACGGAGACGGUUACAUCGACUACUACGAAUUCGUCGCCGCUUUGCAUCCGAACAAAGACGCCUACAGGCCGACGACGGACGCGGACAAGAUCGAGGACGAGGUUACUCGACAAGUGGCGCAGUGCAAAUGUGCCAAGAGGUUCCAGGUGGAGCAGAUCGGAGAGAACAAGUACAGGUUCUUCCUCGGAAACCAGUUCGGGGAUUCCCAGCAGCUGCGAUUGGUCCGAAUUCUGCGCAGCACGGUCAUGGUGAGAGUGGGCGGCGGCUGGAUGGCCCUGGACGAGUUCCUGGUCAAAAACGAUCCGUGUCGAGUGCAACACCCGGGACUUAAGAUCCUCCGCUCUGACUCCAGUAGCUCCAUCUCAUCUCGUAUAGCUCGCGGACGCACAAACUUGGAGCUGAGGGAGAAGUUCAUCCUCCCAGAAGGCACCGGGAUGGCGGCCUUCAGGUCCAGAGGCCGCAGGUCCAAGCCGGGCUCCAGGAACGCCUCCCCCACUCGCUCCUCCUCCUCGGCCUCCCACAGCGGAGCCUCCGGACCCUCUGCCCCCUCCGCCCCGGCCACCCCCACCACCUCAGCCUCGUCCCGGUCGUCCCACACUCGCGACUAUGCCAAACCGUGGCUGGCUCACAGUAAAACCCCGUCAUCGACCAAGUGCCACUGCUGCCCCGAUGGCCACGAGGGGGCGCCAUCGGGCUCAAAGUUGAAGCGGCCGACGUUCCACUCGAGUCGAGGAUCUCUGACCGGAGAGAACGGAGGAACCACACACAGCGGAAAGACCACACGGAGCGAUCCAAAGCGCGGCGGCUGCACUUCUACGAGCCGAGCAGGAAGUCGAGCCGGGAGCCGGGCGAGCAGCCGACGAGGCAGCGACGCCUCGGACGCCUCAGAGCUCCAGGACUCCCGCUCCGUGUGCUCCGACACCUCCGACACCCCACGGCGGCCAGGAGGGGGCGCCAAACCAUCCAAGAUCCCUACCAUCUCCAAAAAGACGCCCAGCCCCAAGACCACCAGCGCCGCCAAGAAAUGA